AUGUCAAUGAAUGAACUCGCUGAACGGAUUGGAGACGACGAAAUUUCAGAGCCAGAGGAAAGAUUAACCCAAUCCUGGAACGGUUUUAUAAAUAUCGAUUCACGACCAAAUGACGAAUUUCACCGCAAUUUUAGACAGCUAGAUAUGCACGAGCAAACAGCCGACCGAAUGAAAAAUAAAGCAAGUUCAUUUUCAACAAAUUUUGAUGUCACGAAGCAGACAAAACCAAGAUCUGCAAAUUACAAAACUUUCGAGUCACGAGACAAGAAAUUACUAAAAAUGCCAAAAUCCUUUCCCGGCGUAAAAACGACGGAAUAUAUGGCAGAAAAGAGCGAGGAAAAACCGUCAACAAAGAUAGUCGAAACCGACAAACAAGCAGAAACUAAAUUAAAUUUAGAUGAUCUUGAGAAAGUCCUUACUCCACGUAGGGAGCGAAACUCCGAGAAGAAAAACCGUAGUGGUGAGAAACUUCCGAGGAUUAAAAUUACUAGAACAAAAACUGAGAUUUCAAAUGAACGCAAAUCGGGCAUGGCCAGCCCGCAAGGGGCGUCGCAUGCCUUCAAUUGUGCCAGAAUGCUAACAGAACUUAACGAGGUUUGCUCCUUGAAAUCUGAAGGUGUUGCGGGAAAGAGCGAGGACAAUUUGUUACAGCUAAGAACUGUUCAUCAAGCAAGGAGAUACAGUACUUUUACCCCCAGAGGUAAAAUAGAGCGUUUCUCCCACACCAGAUGCAGAAGCCUUCCGAAUCUAAGUUCACGAGAACGUCCGAAGAGGUUUUUCGUAAAACUCGACCCGUUACGAGCAUCGGCGAUGCAAGUGAACCUUAGUUCGUGGAAUGAGACUUCGCGACGUUGUCGGGUUUUGUCGGAAAACCUGUACAAACUGGAUAAACAGGGAAUUGAACCGAACGAGGCGGAAAGAAAGCGUUUGAUUGGUCAAUGGAUACGCGAGACUAGCCAAUCGGAGUUUGAGGACAAUCAUGUGACAGAAGUCGAGACAUGA